AUGCAGCUGCUGGAAGCGUGGGCGACAGCUCGACUGGAAGCGCUGGGAGUGGACGGCGUGUUCGCUCCUUAUAUAGUGGGAAUGUUGCCUUCCCACGGAGGUGAUGACGACAACCUGGAAGACGCGAAGUUCAACAUCCACCAAGUGCUCAUGGGCUGGCUGUCACCGGAAGACGAGGAGCGCGCGCAGGAGUUUGUGGACGAGCUAGCCAAGCUGGCAGACAACCCGGCCCAGCUUACAGACGCCGCGAUGGCUCUUGCAGCACAGAGCAACGGGAACACGAGCAUUGAAGAUGAUAUCAACAAGAUAUUGGCGCAGGAUGAGGAGCUUAAAGCCUCAGCACCGACUUUUGUGCCCCGCAAGUUUCUGUCGCCUGUGGUGGCCGAAUUCCAUCCGACUAGCAGCCCCGAGGGGUCGUUUGGGGGCAGUUUUGACCAGCUUCCAGCGGCGUCAUCGCCUCCUGUUCCGCUUUCUCACUUGAACAGUAGUGAAAGCUACGAAGAGGAUGAGACGGCCAAUGGAGCGGAGGUGGAGGAGGAAGAAGAAGAAGACAGCGCAGCGAUGCAGGACGAAGACAGUUUCUUCUGGUCCGUGGCCUACGAGUUGGUGAGCCAUUUGCAACUCAAGUUCCCGGAUAUCGACCCGAAUCGGCUGUGCGACUUGUUGCGUCUGGUUGGACUGGAUGUGGACAAGGCUCACGCGGUGCUGAAGGCCACGAUCGAGCGCGAAUCCAUUGGACCGGGACAGGUGUGCCGUCACUACCUCCAGGGAGAAUGCCGUCGCGCGGACUGCAUGUUCCUACACGACACGGACGCGAUUACGUGCCGCUUCUGGCUUCGCGGCACCUGUUUGCAAGCGGAUCACUGCGUCUUCGCACACGACUUUUGUGAUUAUUACUCGAUGGACGUCAACGCAUUGGGCCAGCGCGACUACGACAGCGAAGACGAGAUGGACCAGAACAGCGCACCGCUAGACAUUCAAGCCGAAGACAUGUUCCCGUCUCUUCAGAGCGCUGCGGCAGGAACUCCAACUCCACAGCCGCCGCUACCUCAAGGCAGCACUAGUCCUUUAUUGACAGGAACAGCCCCUAAGUCGUACCCGUCGACGGAUGAUGCUGUGGCCAAUCUGACCUUAAACUUUGCUCGUGCUGUGGCACUGCAACCAGCAGCCACUGCCCCCAUGGGAAACGGCAGCUACGGGAUGGAAUCGCAUCGACGGAUGCCACCUCCGCCUCCAACACACCGUCCUUUGUACCGCAAGAUUGGGAGCAGCGAUGGUCCCAAGUGGGUGUCAACGGGUCAGAGCGUGGCGACACAGUAUCUGGAAUUGCGUGAACAGGCCUAUGAGAUGGCGUGUGCUCGGAAUAAGUGCUUCAUGGGCGCUACACAGGCAUAUCGCAAUGGUAACAAGGCGCUGGCUAAGGGACUGUCAAAGCAAGGACACGAAUACAACGCCAAGAUGAAAAACUUCCACUUCCUGGCGGCGUCCGAGAUAUUCGAGUCGCGUAACCCGCCCAACCAAUUGUACAUGGAUCGAAUGAUGGAUCUACACGGACUGCAUGUAGCAGAAGCCGUAGAGUUCCUUGCACAGAUGCUUCCAAAGCUGGCAGAUGAAGGCGUGGACAGCAUUUACUUGGUCACAGGCUCAGGACACCAUUCGAAGGGCCCGGACGGCAAUGCGCGUCUGUUACCAGCGGUUGAACGAUUCCUGGCUGGUGAAGGAUAUCAGUACACACCUGUAGCUGACGGCUCAGGAUUUGUGGGGAUGUUGCUUGUAGACUUGCGGUGGUAGUCAAACUGUAACAUCAUGCAAGCAAGAAAACAUGAGUGAACAGUGUUC